AUGGCUUCUCCAACUGAUCCCAACGAUCCUUUUGGUUACAAUCAAUUUGACCCGAAUGACCCUAGUCUCUCGCUCGACAUGUUUGACGCAAACGCCUCGGACAUGUUUGACCCAAACGCCCCGCUGAUGAACUUCGAUUUGAAUGGAACCAACGAGCCGAGCAUGUUCAUGCCUUCCAACAAUUCCAAUGAACUUAAUGAUAUCGAUUUCACGGCUCUGCUCCAGGCCGACGACUCUUCCAACCUUCAACUGCCUGCCGACGGCCUCAUGGAGCCUAUUCAAAACGCACGUCCUUUCAAUGAGGCUCAGGCGCCUGUUUCUAAUGGCCCCGGCAUGAACGUUCCGUCUGCCUCCUUCGGUGGUGACGCCAACAAUACCCAAUACUUGGGUGGCGCUGGCGCUGGUGUCAAUCAGACAACCCUUGGUAUGACAACCUCUGACCACCAAGUCACGGGCCACCAAGACAAUGGACAUCGAGUCAAUGGACAGGAUUAUCAGCUCAAUGGACAGAGCCUGCCUAUGGGCCCUCCUCAAUCUGUGACUCCCGGCCAGGGAUACCAAUUCAACGGCCCGAGUAUGCCCGUCAAUACUCCUCAAUCUGUGGCUCCCGGCCAGGGAUACCAAUUUAACGGCCCGAGUAUGCCCGUCAAUACUCCUCAGUUUGUGACUCCCGGACAGGGAUACCAAUUCAACGGGCAGAGCAUGCCUGUGAACAAUCCUCAGUUUGUGACUCCCGGACAAGGAUACCAACUCAACGAACCGAGCAUGCCUGUCAACAAUCCUCAGUUUGCGGCUCCAAUCAACAAUCUGGACUCUACUGCCGCAACCAACUCGGCCGGGUCCAGCCCUCUGAGCGGCUCUGCUCACUCCUCCUCGAGUGGCAAAACUGUGGCUUCAAAGUCAAUGGAGCAAGCUGCCGAGAAUGCCAAGGCCUCCCCUCAUGUUUCUCCCAGUCCCGCCUCGCAGCAGACGAACCUGGGUCAACAGAUUUCUGCCGCUUCUCAGCGUAUGAACCGCGGUCAGCAGCCUAUGCGCCGUGUUCGCGCAAUUGACAACGCCGACUAUGCCAACUAUGAAUCUCCCGUUGUGGCAUCCCGCAAUGGACUCUCCCUGCCGCCAAUGGUCCAGGUGGCCCGCGAUUGCAUUGAGAACCUGGCGCAGAGGCGCCCCCAACCUGACCAGCUGACUCCCGCUGCGUCCCGUGGUCCAAAGAAGCGAAAGACCCGCCCGCAGCAGCUUCAGGGGGCAAACGAGUGUCGAAUUAGGGAGUUGGAGGGAGAGUUCCAGAGGCAGAGGAGCGAGUAUUUGACCCUGGCCGAAAGGUUCAACAAGGCUUUGAAGGAUCUUCACAAGGCGGAGCAGGAAUUGAAGAACCGCAAGAAGUAA